UUCAUAUCAACACAACAUUACACAAAACCCUUAUUCUCCACUUAGAAUCAAGAGUUUCUUUUCCUUAAAUCUCUACAAAAAAAAAUCGAUCUAUAAAGAGCACAUACAUAUUGAUUCAUAAACCUAUUUAAGGAACGACUUAAGAAGCUGUUGGAUCAUAUAUACCAUAUAAAAUAGCAAUGGAUAUGAUAACGAAGAUGGUGAUGGAGAGACCGGUGGUGAUAUACAGCAAGAGUUCUUGUUGUAUGUCUCACACGAUCAAGACUUUGCUCUGCGAUUUCGGAGCCAAUCCAGCUGUUUACGAGCUGGAUGAGCUACCUAGAGGGAGGGAUAUCGAGCGGGCGUUGUUGCGGCUCGGGUGUAGCCCCGCAGUUCCGGCGGUUUUCAUCGGUGGAGAGUUGGUCGGUGGAGCCAAUGAGGUCAUGAGUUUACAUCUUAACGGAUCCUUGAUUCCUAUGCUUAAGCGGGCUGGUGCAUUGUGGGUUUGACUUAUUAUAUCUUUAACUAGUUUACUUAACACUAAGUUAAGUACGCAGAAUAAAAUUUUAACACAUAU